GCCAGAGCGGUAGAUAAGAGUGACAGCCGUUCACCCACCGCCGCUUCAAUUCCGCACAUAUUUAUACCGCGUCUUUCAUCACCGCACUGUCACCUUAAACAAACUUCAUUUUCAAUGGCUUUUCUUCUGGACGCUCUGCUCUUCUCCCUAGCCGUCAUAUUCCUCCGCCUCUGGUGGCGCCGCCGCUCGCCGCCGGAAGGACUUCCGCCGGGGCCGCCGGGGUGGCCGGUCGUCGGAAACCUAUUCCAGGCCAUUCUCCAGCGGCGUCCUUUCAUUUUUGUCGUCCGCGAUUUGCGCGCCAAGUACGGACCGAUCUUCACGAUGCGGAUGGGGCAGCGGACGAUGGUGAUUGUGAGCGGCGCCGACCUAAUUCACGAAGCGCUGGUGAAGAGAGGGGCGGCGGUGGCGAGCCGGCCGCCGGACUCGCCGAUUCGGCUGAUAUUCAGCGUCGGAAAAUGCGCGAUUAACUCGGCGGAGUACGGACCGCUGUGGCGGUCGCUCCGCCGGAAUUUCGUGACGGAGAUGAUAAACCCUAAAAGGAUUAAGGAGUGCAGGUGGAUCAGAAAUUGGGCGGUUGAAGACCAUGUGAGGCGGUUACGAGAAGAAGCUUCCAGAAACGGUUACGUGGCGGUUAUGAGCGGUUGCAGACUCACGAUUUGCAGCAUUCUGAUUUGUUUGUGCUUUGGCGCGAAGAUUCCAGAAGAUCGAAUCCGAAUCAUCGAGAGCGUUUUGAAGGAUGUGAUGAUGAUGACCACGCCGAAGCUGCCGGACUUCUUGCCGGUGCUCACGCCGCUGUUCCGCCGCCAGGUGGAGGCGGCGAAGGACCUGAGGAGAAAGCAGCUCGACUGUUUGGUUCCUCUGAUUCGCCACAGAAAGACGUUUGUCGAAAACCGAAGCCCUAACGGAACUGAAUUUUUUGAAAUGGCCAGCCCGAUCGGCGCCGCCUACGUCGAUUCGCUCUUCGAUCUCGCACCGCCGGAGAAAGGUAAGCUCGGAGAGGAGGAAAUCGUGACGCUAUGCUCGGAAGCCAUUAACGCCGGCACGGACACGAGCGCGACGACGCUAGAAUGGGCGAUGCUCCACCUCGUUCAAAAUCCGGAGAUUCAGGAGAAGCUUUACGGCGAGAUCGUCGAGUGUGUCGGGGAGCACGGGACGGUGACGGAGGUUGAGGUGGAGAAGAUGCCAUAUUUGUCGGCAGUCGUGAAAGAGACUUUCCGGCGACAUCCGCCGAGCCAUUUUCUUCUUUCCCACGCUGCAACGGAGAAAAUGGAGCUCGGCGGAUACACCAUCCCUCCCAACGUGAGUGUCGAAUUCUACACGGCGUGGCUGACGGAGGACCCCGGCGCAUGGCGGAACCCUAGCGAGUUUCAGCCGGAGAGGUUUCUUUCCGGCGACGGCGCCGAGGUGGACCUGACGGGGAUGCGAGGAGUGAAGAUGCUGCCAUUCGGGGCGGGUCGGAGGAUUUGCCCCGCCUGGAGUUUGGGUACAUUGCAUGUGAGCUUGCUGCUGGCUCGGAUGGUCCAGGCCUUUAAAUGGGUCCCGGAUCCGGAUAACCUACCCGACUCGACUGAAACUUUCGCUUUCACCGUGGUGAUGAAGAAUCCCCUGAAAGCGAGAAUCCUCCCCCGGGGCGGGCCGGGCAAAGAUUCGAAUGACUUUAUUUGAAUGCGGGUGGGUCAGAUGCCACGUGAGGUCAUUCAUUGCAAUACUAGAAGUCUUAAUUAUGGUGUGCUAUCCUAGCUUUUAAUUUCUAUUUAUGGCUUUAUUAAUAUAUGAAUAUUAUUUAGGUGUAACAAAUAGAAAAUUGAUUUACUAACUUUAAUAUUAUUGAACUACUCAAAUUAUAUUCAUAGUACAAUUUCAUCGACUCUAUCUAAAC